UUAUACGUGAAAACCUAAACCGACAGAAAAACGUUAAAGAUGAAUGGAUGCAAAAGCCUCCGACAGAAAUGAACAGAACUCAUUUCCGACACUGAUAUGACGUCAGUACCGCCAGCAGUUGCCAACUCAAAGCGCGACGCCAUUAGCGUAAUGUCCAUUAGCGGUUAAUGCCGAACGCUUCCGAAGAUGGCGUACGUACUGUUUGUGAAUACUGUUAGAUGAAGACGCCAAAGUAAAAAAAAAAAAAAAAAAAAAAAAAAAAAAAAAAAAAACCACUUCGCUGAGGAUUAUGAGAUUUAUGUGAGCUGCUCUGCUGUUAGCGUUCGGCUAGUUAGCAUACACCUUAGCUAGCUAACUAAAUUCCUCUUUGGAUUUUUUACCCCACACACCACCACCCAAAUGGACUGAUAAGCGAAGACCCGAGAGACCUCCCGACUUCCUUUUUUUUUUUAAUUAAAAAAAAGGGCCAUGGCGCAGCUUCCCGGCCCACCUGAGAUCACCUGGUGUAGAGGAUCUCCCGGGGGCGCUCCGAGCACAGAGGACGACUCCGGUUUGGAGGACGGAGAUGACGUGUGCUGUAAUCAUGGAAACGGUGGCCUCCUCAAGGAUCACGCCACUAUCUUCGUCGCUUUCAAGGGAAACCUCGACGACGAAGACUUUCAGCGGAAGCUCGACACCGUCUUGAAUGGGAUGCCCCAGGUGCUCUCGUUGGGUCCUGAGAGGCUGGCGCCCCAGCGCGUGGAGCCCUGGAACAGCGUGCGAGUCACGUUUAAUAUCCCCAGAGAAGCUGCCGAACGCCUCCGCCUCCUCGCUCAAAACAACCAGCAGCAGCUCCGGGACCUGGGGAUCCUAUCAGUGCAAAUAGAAGGUGAAGGACCCAUCAAUGUUGCAGGUGGGCAAAACCGAGGGCAGGAAGUCCGAGUGAACGGACCUAUCGGGGCACCGGGUCAGAUGAGGAUGGAUGUUGGGUUUCCUAUGCAACAAGGCCCUGCUGGAAUGCGGAUGAACAAUCCCUCAAUGGUGCCCUCUGGUCCUGGCAUGGCUUCACAGGGUAUGGUUCCUGGCAGUAGUGGACAGAUGCACCCGAGGGUACCAAGGCCAGCAACACAGUCAGAUUCAAUGGAUCCCAUGAUGUCUGGACUUGCUUUGCAGCAGCAGCAACAACUCCAACACCCGCAGGCACCACAUGGUCCACCCACCCCUAUGGGCCCACAGGGACAUCACAUACAGGGCAUGCAAGCAAACCGGCAGCUCAAUCCGGCAACCCUACAGCAACUACAACAGCAGCAGCAUCAACAACAGCAGGCUCAGUUAGCACAUUUAGGCGGUGCUCGUGGCCCAUUCAACCCUUCAAACCAGAUGCCGGUCCCUCCUGGUUGGAACCAGUUACCUUCUGGUGUUCUCCAGCCCCCACCUGCUCAGGGGUCUAUGCCUCCAAAUUGGAGAAAACCUUCUCCGCAAGGUCAAAUAGGACCACGUCCUCCUUCUUUGGCAUCUGUGCAAACACCAAACCAUCCUCCACCACCGUAUCCCUUCGGCAGCCAGCAGGCUGGGCAGGUUUUUAAUGCCAUGGCACAGCAGCAAACAGCAGGGGCAAACCAGUUUGCAGCCCCUCAGCCCAAAGGUCCCCAAGGAGUUGUGGGCGUUGUUGGCCCAAGGGCGCCUCCUCCUUUGCCUCCUGUGUCUGCUUCACAGAGCAGCCUUGCUGCCAAGUCCCCUGGAUCCUCAUCUUCACCAUUUCAACAGGGUUCACCUGGAACCCCACCUAUGAUUGGACAAGGUCAAGGUCAGCUAGGUCCACGUCCGACAACUCCCCAGGGGUUCCCGCAGGGAGUUGGAUCCCCAGGCAGGGCUGUAUUAGGGCAGCAGGGUAAUGUUCAGCCAGGCUUUAUGGGAAUGCCUCAGCAUGGCCAGGUUCCCCAAGGAGGAAUGGGAGGUAUGCCAAAACGAAUGCCAAUGGGUUUCUCGAAUGUAAGUCAGAACUUUGUGCAAGGACAAGUUACCGCAAGUGUGGCAGGAACCCCCACAGGCGGUACCCUUCAGCUUCAAACUGGGCAAAACAUGGCUCAUGCAGGUCCGCAACCUUCAGUCUCAACACCAAACCACAUGCAACCCAAUUCACUACAACCUGGUGGAAUUGGCCAUCAUGGUGGAAUGGCUCCUCAGCCUCCAUCCACCUCCAGUGGUGGUAUGGGACAACCUCAGUCAGGUCUACAGACCCAGAUGAUGGGCAUGCAGUCCCAGAUUCAAAAUCAGCCUGUUGCCUCCUCUCAAGGUCAAAUGGUGCAAGGCCAGGCAGGAAGUCAGACUGUCCUGUCUCGGCCCAUGAAUCAAGGACAGCGAGGGAUGACCCCUCCUAAACAAUUAUUGCCUCCACAGGGACAAGGGAUGAUGCAGAACCAGGCCCAGCUUGGUGGUGGACAGGGGCACCAAGCAUUAUUGAUGCAACAACAACAGCAGCAACAACAACAGCAGCAGCAGCAACAACAACAACAGCAGCAGCAGCAGCCACCGCCACAGCAACAGCACCAACAUCAGCAACAAGCAUCACAACAGCAAAAUGCUAUGAUGGAACAGAUGGUAGCCAACCAAAUGCAAGGUAACAAGCAGGGUUUUGGGCCCAAAGGUCAGCCAGCUGUUAUGCCAGGUCAGAUGAUGCGAGGCCCAUCACCUAAUUUGCAGGGCAACAUGGUGCAGUUUCAGUCGCAACAACAAAUGACUGCGCAGCAACAACAGCAAAUGGCUCAGUUGCAACAACAACAGCAGCAGCAAUUACAGCAACAGCAGUUGCAGCAGCAGCAACAGCUGCAACUGCAACAUCAACAGCCACAACAACAGCAAUUACAGCAGCAACAGCUUCAGCAGCAACAGCUUCAACAGCAAAUGGCACAACAAUCCCAGCAGAUCCCUGUAAAUGGUAACUCCAACCAACCCUUAGGGAUGCAUGGCCCUCAGAUGCGACUUCCAGGACAUUUGGUCCAGCAACAGCUCCAACAGCAGCAGCUUCAGCAAAAACAGCAACACAUGAUGCAACAGCUACAACAGCAGCAGCUACAGCAACAGCAGCAGCAACAGCAGCAGCAACAGCAGCUUCAGCAGCAGCAGCUACAGCAGCAACAGCUUCAGCAGCAGCAGGCUGGCCAACAACACCCACAUCAGCUAGGAGAUGGCACUGGAAGCACUGGCGAUAUGAGCCAACAACAGAUGCUUCCUGACAUGCAAAUGCAGCAGCAACAGGGUAUGAUGGGAGGUCCUCAACACAUGCAGGUGGGCAAUGGACAUUUUCCUGGUCAUGGCAUGCCUUUCAAUCCUCAGUUUGCUGGCCAGAUGCCCAUUGGUGGACAAACAGCUGGAUUUCCAGUGAAUAAGGAUGUGACACUGACUAGUCCCUUAUUAGUGAACCUACUUCAGAGUGACAUUUCUGCCAGCCAGUUUGGGCCGGGUGGAAAACAGGGAGCUGGUGGGGUUGGGGUUAACCAGGCCAAACCAAAAAAGAAGAAACCACCUCGUAAGAAGAAACCCAAAGCAGGCGAGGGGCAGCAAUCUGUUGAAGGCCUUGGGGGUUUGGAUUCAGUUCCACAAGGGUUGGAUGAUGCAGAGUUGCAAGGGCUAGGUAGUGAUCAAGGAGCUGGCACUGAUUCUUCCAGCUCAAAGCUCCCUGAAUUUGCUAACCGGCCAGGCUUUUCUGGACAAUCAGGAGAUCAAAGAAUUUUGCAGCAAAUGCCAAUGCCGUUCAUGGCUCAGCAGCAACAGCAGAUGCAGCAAAUGCAGCAGCAGCAGCAGUUACAACAACAAAUGCAUCAGCAGCAGCAAGAACAACAACAACAACAACAGCAGCAGCAGCAGCAGCAGCAAAUACAGCAGCAGCAACAAAUGCAAAAGCAACAGAUGCAUAUGCAGAUUUCAGGUCAACCUGGAACACCACAAGGGUCACAACAAGGACAGCAUCAAAUCCAUCCACAUCACUUACAGCAGGCACCACAGCACUUGCAGCAACAACACAUGAUGAUGAUGCUUAAAAUGCAGGAACAAGCAUCGAAGAAUCGACUCCCGCUUCAACAAAGUGGCCAUCCCCAAAGAACUCUUGUUAAUCCCAGUGAUCCUGCACAGAGAAUGCCUGUAUCCCAACAAGGGAACAUGCCUGUAACGAUCAAUUUACAAGUGCAUGGCAGUGUCCAACCCUCUCCAGAAAAAGCCAGAGUCAUGCAGCCUGUGGUAAACUCGCAGUUGACUGCUGCAGCUAGAAGAAUGCCCCAUCCAGACAUUGUGCAGGGAACCCCAGGAAUGGCACCAGAGGAAGCAUCAGGCACCCCUAACUUGCAGGACAGGGCAUCAAUUGAAAUGUCAUCUCAAGCUGGGAAUGCCGGUCAACAAAAUGUCAACCAAGGUCCUAAUUCUCAUCUGUUGAAGUCUGUGCCUUCAUCGGUCCCUCAGCAACCAGGAGCCAGUCCCCAGCAUCAGCCCCAGCAAGCACAGAUGGCCGGCUCUCACAAUCUUCAUUUUACCAGUGCUCCUUCGACUUCCCAAAGUUCCCGCCCUAAGACGCCAAACCGUGCCAGUCCUAGACCAUAUCUCCAUUCCGUAACCCCCACUAACCGUCCACCCAGCACCGAGCCUUCAGAGAUAAAUCUCUCUCCUGAGAGACUGAAUGCAUCGAUUGCUGGUCUUUUCCCCCCAAAGAUUAACAUCCCUCUACCACCCCGACCUAACAUGACUCGAGGUUUUGAUCAACAAGGUCUAAACCCUACCACUUUGAAAGCCAUUGGACAGGCUCCACCAAGUCUAGCAUCUCUUAACAAUAACACUAGUGGCAAUAAUGGUGUUCAACAGGGUUUUACACAAGCUAGUAAUGCUAACAGUACAGGUCCAAAGCAAGAGAAACAGACAGUUGGAGGGCAAACAAAACGAGCAAGUCCGAGUAACAGUCGAAGAUCUAGUCCUGCCUCAAAUAGAAAAGCAGCCACUCCCAGCCCAGGAAGGCAAAAAUGGACUAAGAACCCCCUAACCUCCAUACCACAGCAGCAACAAAUGAUGGGUUCCCAAACUGUAAUGGCCAGUUCUUCUUCUUCAGUCCUCCCAAGUCCCACUGCAUCUGUAUCAUCAGUAGGAACUCUAGAUUCCCAGCAAAAUCUAAACCCCCUGCAAGCACUCCCUAGUAACUCUGAUGCAAUGAGAGAGAGCCAGGGGCAGACACCACAGCUAGACCUGCGUCAAACUUCACAAGUGGAAAGAGAUCAGUCUGCUCUUAGAAUGGCAAAUCAACGCAUGCCAUCCCAGGAGCAAAAAAUUCAAGAGCCUAAUAUGCCACCUGAGCAACAUUCACAGGAGAUGCAUCAACCUCAGAAUCCACCAUUGCAAGAACAUGGUUCUGCUGUUUCAGCUUCUUUUAGAGAUGCCCCAACAUCCCUCAAUCAGUUACUAGAUAACACAGGCCCCUUGUCCACAAAGUCACCCAAGGCUACUCCUCCAGUGGGUGGAGAUCGAGCUUUGGUGGAACAAGAGAGCCAACGUAACCCCAGUACCCCACAGAUCAGUGAUAGUGGGCUACCUUUGCCCACUAGUGAACAUGAACAAAAACCCAAGAUUGGUUCAAUGGCUAGCCCAAAUGUGAUCCAGACUAGCAGUUCAAGUUUUCAGACAUCCUCUGGUUUAUCCAGUGUUAGCCCAAGUUCAGCUUUGUUUACUAGCUCUGCUUCGAAUACUAUCCCUUCCAUUAGUCCAAGUCCUGGCACUAAAACUAUUACAAGCAUGUCCCAAACAGUCUUGCAUAGACCCACAUCAUCAGGGUCCACUCAGCCAAAUCAAAUAACAGUUUUUGUGACCUCCAGUCCCAUUAGUUCUGCUGCUACCACAGCAUCCGCAGUGCCUCCAGCUAUUGUCUCAACUGUGCUUGCAGUACCAACUAAGAGCAUAAGACCUUCAGAAAUGCACCCGUCUGCUCCUACUCAGAAUUGUCCUCGACAGUUUAUCACAGGACCUGUCAUUUUCCAUGUCCCACCUGUCUCUGUACCAUCAAGCACGAAUGUGGUUCCUCAGCCUGUCACUAUGGUUGGGCCCAUACAAGUAUCUGCCAAUAUUCAGUUCACUCAUGCUACAGUUUCUGGUACAGCUUCUACUCUGUCUGCCCCUAUGGCAACAAAUUCCCCCGUUGUAAGCAUAGCCACAACUCAGCCAGGUCGUGCCAUGAUUGGGCAAAUCCAAGUGCAGGUGCCUGCAAGUCAGGCAUCCCCUCUAAACGCAGUCCAAACUCCUCAACAAGAGAGCACUUCUGACGCCCCGGGCUCAAAAAUAAGUCCUUUAGGACAAUCGUUGUCCUUACAACCUAGUGCAUCUCCUGGUGUUCCCCCAUCUGUUCAACAAUCUCUGGCAUCUUCAUCUGCCUGUUCCAGCCCAGGGACUACUUCUGUUGCUCGGAGGAGUCCCCUCUCACAACCAGCAACAACUAUUGUCAAGAGCAGUCCAAUCCAAAAUAUUUUGAGCAAGACUUCCACCCCACACAGUGGUGACACCCAUCAGACGCAACAGCAGACUACAACCCAGUCGGGAAAACCUAUAGACACUGUACCAUCUCAAGCCCAAACUCAAAUGGUUACAAAUACAACACUUUGUAAUCCACUUCCUCCACCCACAGCAGUCUCAUCUGCGGCACCUUCACACCAGCCAUCAGCACUAGUACCUACAGUUUCGUCUUCUGCGACCAUGCAGAUUCCUCCACCAGUUUCCUCUUCCGCCCCUACACAAACUCCUUCAGUGAUCACUCCCAGCUCCGCCAUGGUACCUCCUGCCAGUUCUGCUUCCAGUUCCCCACCAGUCACUAGUAUGUCUGCACCAUCUGUUCCACCUCCUGCUUCUGUCCCACCAGUGACCUCUGCACCACCCACUGGUCCUACAGCAGGGUCAUCUCCACUACUUCCAGCUGUCGAACCACAGCCUUCCACAGUUAUUGAGACAAGCUUGCCUGAGCCAGCAAAGACCACGGUGCCUGCUGCAAAUACUCAAAGUCUUCAAGCUCAGCCUGCACAGGAACAACAGCGAACUGGCGAGGCAGCACCCCCUGUGGCAGAACAGGGAUGGGCAAAGAAAAGAAAGACGCCCAUCGACUUAGCCCAAAGGGAAGCAAGAAGCCACACUGAAAAGGCAAAAGGUCCCAGUCGAAGGAGCUCACGGGCCGAGAAAGACACUGAAGAGGAAGUUCCUGACAACGGACAGAGAAAGAGGGCAGUCAGACCAGGGUCGGUGGCUUCCAACCCAGGGAAAGCUGCAGAAUCAAACACUGGAGCGAGUCCCACGCAGGCCAAGAGAAGGAAGUCGAAGUGAUCAUGAAGCUUAACACACCUGUGAAAUGUACAUUUCUCUCUUGAACUGUUUUAUCUGCUGUUUUUCCUGUAAUCAUGGUGUGUGUGUGUGUGUGUGUGUGUGUGUGUGUGUGUGUGUGUAGUAGCCAUGUACAGAAACGUUUUUAAAAAGAAAUUGUUUUUGUUCCCUGAUACUAAGUGAUAUCCUAUUUACAACUGUGUGUGUGUGAGAGCGAGAGAGAGGCGUGUCCUGUUUUUUUAUAUAUGCUGGAUUAAUCAUGAAGCCUAAUGAUAGAUUGUAUAAUAAUGUUACAAAAAUGGAUAAAAAUGUUUGUUUUUGUUUUUGUUUUGUUUAUUUUGUUUAAUUUUUUUUAAACUUCCUGUCCCUGGGCAUGGGAUUAGUAAUUGUCUGCGCACUUCUCACCUCCUUGUUACUUGAGUACAUUUUGUUUUAAUUAUAAAAUUGUGAUUUUUUUUUUUCUUCUUCUUUUUCUGUUCAUUUGGGCAGCUAAAUAUAUAUAUAUUAUAUAUAUAUUUUUUUUUUCCCUGUACCAUCCUCGGACACACACCUUCCCCAACCCGCAAACAAGAACUCAAUCAUGAACCUGAAAUUUAAAAUAAAAGCUUGAUCUCAACAAA